AUGGAGUUGGAGUUGGAGUUGGAGUUGGGAGGCUUGAGCCACCUCUUUGUGUCAUUCUUUCUGUAUAACUUGGCUUCGAUAUUGGUGCUUCCAGCAAUUACAGACGUGACAAUGGCGGCAAUUUGCCCCGGCGAAAAUGAAUGUUCACUCGCCAUUUACCUCUCCGGAUUGCAACAGGCGAUUGUAGGAGUGGGAAUGGCGGUGAUGGUGCCGUUAAUUGGAAAGCUAUCUGAUUUGUAUGGGAGGAAAACAUUACUAACAAUUCCCUUCAUUCUCUCCAUUAUUCCACUAGACAAUAUUUCAGAGGAAAAGCGAAUUUCAGCAUUUGGAGUUUUAUCUGGCAUAGGAGCCGCUGCAUUCAUAUUGGGUACAUUAGCUGCUCGCUUGCUCUCCGGUGCUCAGGCAUUUCGGGUUGCUGCAGCUGUGGCAGUGGCUGCACUCAUCUACAUGAGAGUUUUUCUAAAGGACACAAGGUGCCACCAUGAUGCUUCUUCAGUGCAACCAAAUGAUGCUUUGGUGCAUCCAAUCUUGCAGAGUGGAUCAGAUAUCAUUCAGUCUGAUGAUGAAUCAUCUAAGAAGAUACAGAUCUUCAAAAGAAUUCCAUCACCCGGCGCUUGCUCAAGAGUAGGUAAGACAAAUUUGUAUCAAUUUUUAUGUUUACAGACAGUUCUAAUCUUGAGAUGCAUUAUCUGA